ACGUAACGGAAGACACCCGAUAAAAAAAAUAGAGAACACAUACAAUGGAACUAAGUUGAGUUCAAAUACAGCCUUCGCGGCUAUGAAAAAUCGCGUUUUCUUCCAUCGCUCCCACUGAAGUCGAAAUAAAGUUAACGGAAAGCAUGUCGGUCGACUGAACGGAAGAAAUGUUUGCGAAGAGACCGAGUGUGACUGUGAAGUCGGCGGCUAGCUAGCUUUGUGCUAGCUAGUCAGUGUGGCAGGCAGUCGGGGGAGCCAGGCUUUCGCUCGUGGCACAACUGUUUAGCUACAUCUUCACUUAUAUACAUGUGUCUUUCCCUGAAAUGGUUCUUGUAUACAUCUAUUAAUUGUUUGUCAAUUAAUAUGCCAUGGCUGUCACCGUGGGCAGUGUUGUUGAGCUGAAGGAGCAGAGGCUCUGGGCUUUUCACUCGAGACAACAACUUCUUCUGUGUGUUGUUGGGAAAUGAAGGAGCAGUGACUGAGGGUCCGACUGGCAUCGUCGACGACGAAGCGUCGGCAUUUCAUCGUAAAAACGGCUCGUAGGGGUUGACAAUGUUGUGACAGAGAGAUAAAUAUAAGCCUUUUUUUGAAAAGGAAGAAGAAAGGAAUGUGUGGGCUCUCAGUGAGUGCUGAGGAGGUUGGUUAGAUGAUCUUGGUUGUGUUAUCAGUGUGUGGGGGAGGAAGAAGAGCAGAGAGAGGUGGACAUUCAUAGAAAAUCAUGACACACAUGAUGAUGAUGAGCCUCUAGCGUGGAGUCUCUCCGAGGAGGACAGAGAGACCAGAAGAGAAAGGAGAGGACAGCCCACCUGAAACAAAAAAAUGCCCAGAAGAAAACAGUCAAAUCCACAACCCGUGAAAUUGGAUUCUGAAGGUAGCGUAGGUGUGGAAAAUCCGGGAAGCCUCGUUCUAGAGAGCGACUUUCUCCUCGGGCAGGGUCUGGAGUUUGGAGAGACGGAUUACAAGAUUAUGGGUUUUGAGAAGGACCCAGACUCUGUGGCUGCUGAGAUCGGAAUCCCUGUGUAUUCACUUAGCGAUGAGGACUGUGCCAGUUAUAACAGGCUAAGCAUGGAGAGUGAUGCAGAUGACCCCCGAGACACAGAGAGUGAGCGGGAGGAGGGAAAUGCUGAUGCGCCCUUCCCUUCCUACCCCUCUUGUAGACACUGUAACCAGCUGCUUGGUGACCCACUGGGCAGCGGUCUGGAUUUGGCUGGACCUUACUGCCUCAGGUGCAGUGGUGGCAGUGGCGGUAGGGGUGGAGCCACAGAUCGGGGCGAUAGCCAGGGGGAAGAGUCGCAUUCUGCCACCAGUUUACGGGAGCAGGAGCUUGAACGUAGCCUGGUUGAUGGCGGACCAGGACUCCCACCCAAGGUGCACUGCUGCAAGCUGUGCAGUUUUUCAUCACGCUACUCUAACCACCUGAAGCGACACAUGAAGACUCACAAUGGUGAGAAGCCAUACCGGUGCCCACACUGCGCCUAUGCCUCGGCCCAGCUGGUCAAUCUGCAGCGGCACGUGCGCACACACACAGGCGAGAAGCCGUAUAAGUGCCAGCAUUGCGCCUUUGCCUGCAACUCCCUGGGCAACCUGAAGAGGCACCAGCGCAUGCACACACAGGAGAAGCCCAACAAGUGCAGUCACUGCAACUAUAGAGCCAGCAACAGCCUCAACCUGAAACGGCACAUGAUGGGCCACAAGGUGGAGACACCCAGUGGAGCGGCUGAAGUGACAGAUACAGUUGUGUCUGACCUGACUCUGCACGUGAGCAGUGAUGCGGACUUUCUGCAAGGCUAUAACAGCCUGAAGGGCAGCCGACAGCCAGGCAGCUUGCUGGAUGCCGAUGGAGUUGGGGACGAAUCGGACACACUGCCUGAGCUCCUGUUUCCCUUCACAUGCCGGCUGUGCGGUCUGGUCUUGGACGACGAAGACGGCGCCUCUGGUCAGCUCUGUGGAAAGUGCACUCUGGAGAUGCUGGCCAAGCGGCCAGGCAGCCCGGGUGAGAAGAGCGACAAGGCGUUCUCUUGCGCCGCCUGCCCUUUCAUCACGCAGUACCCAAACCACCUGGCGCGCCACAUGAAAACGCACAGCGGCGAGAAGCCCUACAAGUGCCCCGAGUGUGACUAUGCUUCGGCCCACUUUGACAACCUGAAGCGGCACCACCGCGUGCACACGGGCGAGAAGCCCUACAAGUGCCACCUUUGUGACUACGCCUGUGGAAACCUGGCCAACCUGAAGCGGCACGAGCGCAUCCACUCGGGUGCGAAGCCCUUCAAAUGCGCCGUGUGCAGCUACAGCUGCAACCAGAGCAUGAACCUGAAACGGCACAUGUUGCGGCAUACAGGCGAGAAGCCCUUUGCCUGCCAAGAGUGUCCCUACACAACGGGCCACUGGGACAACUAUAAACGGCACCAGAAGAAGCAUGGAAACACUGCUGACGGCUGGGUGAAGGUGCAGCUGCCUGACAACGAGGAGGAGGAGGAGAUGUAGCGAUCGUGAAAUGGUCCCAGCAGUCACAGACAUGCAAACUCUUCCGUGAAACAGAUGCUACCAGCAUAUUUUUUUUAAUUAUUUUUUUAUUUUAUUAAAAGUCUAUGGAGGAACUCUGGUGGCUGCUAUGUCAAAUUAUGCACAGUUUCUAGACAAUGAUCAGAAUGUUGCCUUCUGGGAUGCUGGUGGGAGGGUAGGGGUGGGGUUGCUGUAUACAGACUUUUUUCCUUUUUUCUUUGUGCCACUGCAAAAUGCUGCACUGAUUCAGGGGUUAUUGGAGCUCGCUCAGGUGGGGCUCACAGGAUUGGAUGUGUGUCAUGUUGACGAUCAUGUCGUUCUUGAUUGGUGUGCAUUACUUACUGUGAAAUGGUCCUUAUUUCCUUGGAAAAAAUAAAUCAAUAAAUAUGGGUGUGUAAAAAUCAUAUUUUCCUUGCUUG